UCUUCAUCUUGUUAAGUCCAUUCAUUAUCUACUCUCUUCUUCUUCUUCAAGAAGACAUAUAUCUCCAAUUUAAUUCUCACCUCCAACCAGAAAAAAAAAACUGAAAAUCCUUGCAAAAAAAUCCCAUUAAUAUAUCCUGUUUAAGAAGCUGUUAUACAUAGUGUUUGAGAAAUAUGGGAAAAGAAGAUCUGGGGUUGAGUCUCAGCCUAAACUCUCCUGCUGAAAAGAGGAUGACAACAGCCAUGCAACUAAAUCUCAUUCCUUCAACAAUAAUAUCACUUCCUCCUCCUUCUGCCUUCAAUAAUUAUUGGACUACUAAACCUCCAUUUACUCAUUCCUCAUCAGAUCGGAACUCGGAGACAUGCAGAUUAGUGGAGACGAGGAGUUUCCAAAAGGGAAUUGACGUGAACAGGAUGCCGGCGACUGCGGAGGAGGAGGAAGGUGGCGUAUCUUCUCCCAACAGCACUAUUUCAAGCGUGAGUGGAAAUAAGCGAAGCGAGAGAGAAGGAAACUGUACUGAGGAGAAUGAAAUGGAAAGGGCUAGCUCUCGAGGUAUUAGCGACGAGGAUGACGGAGAAACUUGUAGAAAGAAACUCCGUUUAACUAAGGAACAGUCUGCCGUACUUGAAGAUAGCUUCAAAGACCAUCAUACCCUCAAUCCUAAACAAAAAUUAGCUUUGGCAAAGAGACUGGGAUUAAGGCCUCGGCAAGUGGAAGUGUGGUUCCAGAAUAGGAGAGCUAGGACAAAAUUGAAGCAAACAGAAGUAGACUGUGAAUUCUUAAAGAGAUGCGUUGAGAAUCUGACAGAAGAAAACCGGAGAUUACAAAAGGAAGUUCAAGAGCUAAGGUCACUAAAGCAUUCACCUCAAUUCUACAUGCAAAUGACCCCUCCCACCACCCUCACCAUGUGCCCUUCAUGUGCGGCGUCGGGCCCCACAAGUACACCUGUCAACAUCCCGCCCCAUCGGGUUGGUCCACCUCAUCAGCAUUAUCAACCUAUGAUGUGGGGCCCAUCCAUCUCACAAGGGCAAUAUGGUCAAAUGGAUUCUUAUUCUACACUUGCAAGACACAAGUAGUGACAAUGACAAAGUGUGAAUAUUUGAAGUACCAUAAUGUGUGUAGGGAGGAAUAUAAUGUUUUGUUAUAUGAUAAGGUUGUUGGGGGUUAUGGGGGAAGAUUUGGUGGGACUGGAAAAUCUCUUGCUUUUAUUUGUUGUAUCGUCCCUCCAAUUUUUUCUUUUACUGACUAAUUAGGGUUAAGUUAUUUUACUUGCUCAAUUUAGUAGUUAGUUCCUUCUUUCCCAUCAUUAUUUGUGGGGACUGGAGAAGAGUGUUUUUUUUUUAUGUAAAGUAAACUCCAAAUCACUUUAUCAUUACAAUCAACUAGUAUUUGAAUGUCUGCCUCUUAGCAGUAAUUUUG